AUGUCGUGGACGGCGUCUUCGGCGUCAUCGCUGCUGAGGGGACUGACACCGCACCUUGUCUCGUCGUCGCUGCUGGUGCCGUGGGUAUGGCGUGGACUUCCAACGUGCACGCGCUGGGUCGCCGCCACCGGACACCGCGCCAUGAGCACGGCUUCAUCCGCCCUCUCCACCUCCACCGUGGAGUCCACGCACCACGAUGUCCUGGAGAUAACAAAACAAGGUUUGUUGCUGGACAAGCCUGCACCCACCGCUGUGCUGCUGGGCUGGGUUGGCUGUCAAAUGCGCUACCUGCGCAAGUAUGCUCAGGUGUACGCGGACCUCGGGUUUAACACUGUGUGCGGCAUCAUGCCCACGUCCAGCGUGUUCAGUGGAUUCACCGGACCAGCCACAGACUACGGCAGGUUUGUAAUGCACACGCUGGCCACAGACAAGGCGCUGCACACGGGCGGGGUCGUCAUCAGCCCCUUCUCCAACGGCGGGUGUAUCGCUUACCGCUACAUCCUCGACGUUCUCAACAACGAGCCCGAGUUUGAGGAUGUGCGGAAGAACAUCAAAGCGGUGGUGAUGGACUCUGCUCCGUGUUACAUGACCAUUCCCGCCGGCACAAGGGCGCUGUCCAUGGCCCUGCAAGUGACCAAUCCGAUCAUGUAUGGCCUCGUGUUUGUGGGCUUCACGCUCUUCGCCCUCACCCUUGCGCCCUGGAGCCGCCAGACACCAACCGCCUUCUGGAAUGCCAUGCGUGACUGGGACCUGGGCGACCACGUGAUGGAGGCAUAUUUGGUGUCGGAGGUGGACAAGUUGAUGGACUUUCCUGCAUUGCAGGCGCUGGUCGCUGAGCGGCAGGAGAGACGAUCCACACGCCCCAACGGCGCACCUGUGGACCUUGUUCGCUUCGCAGACUCUCCCCACGUCUCACACCUCCGAACUCAUCCAGACCUCUACAGGGUUGUGCAGCACUGCCGCGACUGA